GCUGUCGGCGAGCUCGGCGCUCGCUCUGCACCGGGGCCAGACCGGGCCGGAGGGAUGCCGGAGCGCGGAAGGGCUGGAGGAGAGAAACCAGGUCAGCCCCGAGCCGCCAGCGUCACCCUGGCAGGCGGCGGCCGGCUCCUUCGAGGAAGCAGGGCGCGGAUCCGGCCCCGGUGACGUCCCCUCCGACGCGCGCGGCACGCGCCAGCCGAGCUCGCUCGAGGAACCGUCCCGGCCCCGCAGCCCCGGCUGUGGGGUGAGCCCCAAACGGGGGCCUCCUCGGGGUCUUGGAGAGCUUGAGGAUGAGGAGGGGGCUUCAAGGACAGCCACCCACCUGGGGGGGCUGGCUCGGCCGUCACCGCCCCAGGAGCCUCAAGGCUGCGAUGGAGGCGAGCAGAAGGGUUUGGCUCACGCGACACCUGCGCCGUCUCUGUGAUGCUGCCAUCACCGGGGACGCCCAGGGCCCCGUGCCCCCCCCGCUGGCCCCCAUGCCUGGGCUCCCCAGCCUGCCCGGUGGGGCCAUCCCCAUAGGCCUGGAGCCCCCACCCUACAGCGAGGUGACAGCGAAGCCCUUCCUCUACCCACUGCCGCCGGGGCCGUCUCCUGAACGCAGCCGUGCUCCUGGGGCUCAGCACCUCUUUGUUACCCAGACCAGCUUUUAGGGGUGACCCCCUCUGCCCUGAGGACAGCCUGGUGACAGCACUACCCUUCGCUGGUGGGGGGGCAUGGACCCAGGCAUCCGGAUGGCCCCCUUGGAUGCCUUGGUCUAUGCGCCCCCCCAAAGCAUGCCGUUGGAGCAUGGGGAUGGGGGUUCUUUAUUUAUUAUUUUUAAAAGUGUA